AUGGACAUGGUAGCAAGGUUGGUGGACCAGAAGCCGUUGGUGAUCUUCAGCAAGAGUUCGUGCUGCAUGAGUCACUCGAUAAAGACAUUCUUAUACGAUUUUGGGGCGAAUCCUACGGUGUACGAACUUGAUCAAAUGCCAAACGGGCAGCAGAUCGAAAGGGCGCUGCUGCAGCUCGGAUGCAGACCUAGUGUGCCUGCUGUGUUCAUAGGGCAACAGUUUAUCGGUGGUACGAACACGGUGAUGAGUCUCCAUAUGCAGAACAAGCUCGUGCCGUUGCUCAUGAGGGCAAAAGCUAUAUGGAUCUGGAACGACAAGUAG